GCAAUAGAUUCCUUAUGAAUGUCGCCAAACAUCAGCAAGUCCUCAUCGCAAGUCCACGAUGGGAAAACUGCUGCUUUUCUUCGCCUUUGCUGCGGUGCUGAGCCAAGCGCUGAGCGAAUACUACAUUUCAACGGAAGCGCUCAGCUUCAUGCAAGCAUACGCCACUUGCAAGCGCAAUAAAUACACGUUGGCCCGAGAACGUUCUUUGGAGGACAGCGACGCUUUGAAUAGCGCCAUCAAGAAAGCGAAAGCGACCACUCAUGACUUAUUCAUCGGCGGCAUGUAUGAUUUUACGGGGAUUUUCACGCCUGUAUGGUUGUGGGUUGAAGAUGGAGAAGAGAUCACUUACGAUCAUUGGGCCUCUGGCGCCAGUCAGACGUCCGAGUGUCUUGUUCGGUCUUCACUUACCACUGGAGAUGGCUACUGGUUGUCGUCUUCUUGCACCGAGAGCCGAUAUUUUAUUUGUGAAUAUUAACCAGCGAUUGUUAUAAAAAGUUGCAAAUUGAA